UUUGCGUCAGAAUGUUGUUAGAACAUCCGGGAUCAAGCUGUCAAAAUGCUGGGAAUUACACCAGAUACAGUUCGAGUCAAGAUAUUCCAGUUUGCGCGGGCUGUAACCAGCACAUAGUCGAUCGUUUUAUCCUGAAAGUUUUGGAUCGACACUGGCACAGCAAAUGUCUGAAAUGCAGCGACUGUCAGUCUCAGCUGGCCGACAAAUGCUUCAGUCGAGGCGACAGUGUCUACUGCAAAGACGACUUCUUCAAGAGAUUCGGGACCAAGUGCGCUGCGUGUCAGCAGGGCAUCCCGCCGACACAGGUGGUCCGGAGGGCGCAGGACUUCGUGUAUCACCUGCACUGCUUCGCCUGUGUCGUAUGUAAGAGGCAGCUGGCCACAGGUGACGAGUAUUACCUGAUGGAGGACAGUCGACUGGUGUGUAAAGCUGAUUAUGAGACCGCCAAACAGAGAGAGGCGGAUUCGACAGCAAAACGCCCGCGCACAACAAUCACCGCCAAACAGCUGGAGACGCUGAAGAACGCGUACAAUAACUCACCGAAACCCGCGCGCCACGUGCGGGAGCAGCUGUCGUCGGAGACUGGUCUCGACAUGCGGGUGGUGCAGGUCUGGUUUCAAAACAGAAGAGCAAAAGAGAAAAGACUGAAAAAAGAUGCAGGUAGGCAGAGAUGGGGACAGUACUUCAGAAACAUGAAGAGGUCACGCGGGAGUUCCAAAUCGGAUAAAGACAGCACUCAGGAGGAGGGCAUUGACAGCGAUGCUGAGGUCUCUUUCACGGAUGAGCCGCCUAUGUCAGAGCUGGGUCACUCCAAUGGCAUUUACAGCAGUCUGAGCGAAAGCUCUCCGGCUCUGAGUCGUCAGGGUGGAGGUCAUCCGCCCUUCCCGCUGGAGCAUGGUGCCAUCAUCCCCUCACAGGAGCAAUACCACGACAUCCAGGCCAGCAGCCCCUACAGCCUCCCGCAGUCUCCAGGCUCACUACAGGCCCUUCCCAGACACCAGCCCCUCAUCUCCAGCCUGGUCUACCCAGAGUCAGGCCUGCCCAUGGUGUGUCAGAGCGGAGGCCAGAACAUGACUCCAGGGGUUCGCAUGAUGGCCGGGGGAAACGGGCCGAGCUCUGAUUUGUCCACGGGAAGCAGCGGUGGGUACCCGGACUUCCCUACGAGCCCAGCAUCCUGGUUGGAUGAAGUGGAUCAUGCCCAAUUCUGAUAGUUUUGAAGAUGCACAUUUGGAAAGAGACCUAGAGCAGAUCUCCACCAGUGGACAGGGAUUACAAAGCAGAUGAAUUUUGUAUCUUCUCUAAAAUUGGUUAGCGAUGGACCCAAGACUUGAGCUGGAAAGUCUCGCCAAGGCUUUGAACUUCUGGUUGGUUCUAUAAGGACACAACAUUGAGUGGGGAGCUUUCAGCAACUAUUGGAGCUCUUCACCAACUUUUACUAUACCUAGACCAGGACUUUUAAUUAUACGACAAUGCAAAGAUUUUAUUUUCUUCUUCAAGAUGAGAAUUCAAGUCAGUUACAGUAAGGUAGAAGUAUGGUGCACCAAGAAAAAUUAAAUUAUCCAUCAUUGCUGUUACUGAUGUGUAUAAAUGUGAUAUCACCAGUUUGGUCCAAGUGUCUGGUCGUUGCCAAAUGUCUAUAUGCAUUAUAUAACAUUUUAUCAAUGUGGAGUCUUUAUUUUUAUACAACCUCCUUGGACUAUAUGAUCACAGAGACUUUGUAUGUUUCACAACAGGGAUAGACAAGUUGUAGGCUAGUUGUUGUCUCUUUCUAUUCAGUAGGAGUUCCUCUAUGCAUUUGUGUGUUUUCAGACGUGUCACGUUCAUUUCACUGUGUUGAAAACGUUUGGCAGAGGCGCUGUGGCUCCUGUAUGUGUUAUGUAAAAAAUGUUUUAUGUCUUAUUUAUUCUCUCUGAUGAUGGUUGGUCAUAAAGGUCUUUAAUAAAUUUGUCAGUGAAAUCCUCAAGUAGCCAUCGCUUCC